AUGCGUCGAGCGGCUCUGCGGACCGCUCAAUCCAUCGGUCCGAUUAUACGCAGCCAGCCUGCCAGUACCAGAGGUUUAGCAAGCGCUUCCACGAUAGCUCAGGACCCCGCCGACUUCGACCAAAUCACAACUCUCAAAAAUGGCAUCCGUGUCGCCAGCGAAUCCCUCCCCGGCCCCUUCUCCGGCGUUGGAGUGUACGUCGACGCCGGCUCGAGGUACGAAGACGACAGCAUCCGCGGCGUAAGCCACAUAAUGGACCGUCUCGCCUUCAAAUCCACUAAAUCGCGCUCCGCCGACGAAAUGCUAGAGGCACUCGAGUCGCUUGGUGGGAAUAUACAGUGCGCCUCAUCCCGAGAGUCACUGAUGUAUCAAUCUGCCAGUUUUAAUUCUACGGUGCCCACGACGUUGGGCCUGUUGGCAGAGACGAUUCGUGAUCCGCUGAUUACAGAAGAAGAAGUUGAGCAGCAAUUGUUGACGGCGGAGUAUGAGAUUAAUGAGAUUUGGAAUAAGCCGGAACUCAUUUUACCGGAACUCGUGCACAUGGCUGGAUUCAAGAAUAAUACGUUGGGCAACCCGUUGCUAUGUCCUCAGGAAAGGUUGAUGGAGAUUAACAAGGCGGUGGUGGAGAAAUAUCGAGCAGCUUUUUUCCGACCUGAGAGAAUAGUCGUUGCAUUUGCAGGUGUUGCCCAUGAGGAUGCUGUGCGGCUUACGGAGCAGUACUUUGGGGAUAUGAAAUCUGCCGAAGGGCCGGCACUGCAUGGCAAGGGUGUAGAAUCUACGCUUUCCGGUGAGAAGGAAGGAGAGUUGCCUACAAUUCAUCUCAGCACACCGACUGCGAACGUCACAGCCAAUGCUCAGGCCGGAACGUCGCAACCAAACAUUCUGUCGAAGCUUCCCUUUUUCAAAAAUUUAUCUUCUUCCGCUCCAGAUACCGCGACUGUGAAAGCUCUCGACCCGUCGUUGCUGAAACCUUCUUCUGUCGAUCUUUCCCGCACCGCGCAUUAUACUGGUGGUUACUUGACGUUGCCGCCCAUUCCUCCUCCUGCGAACCCGAAUCAUCCUCGAUUAAGUCAUAUUCACCUGGCAUUCGAAGCUCUCCCCAUCUCUUCUCCCGAUAUCUACGCGCUCGCGACUCUACAAACACUGCUUGGCGGAGGAGGCUCAUUCUCAGCCGGCGGGCCCGGAAAGGGCAUGUACUCCCGCUUAUACACCAACGUAUUGAAUCAACACGGCUGGGUCGAGAGUUGCAUUGCUUUCAACCACAGCUACACUGACAGUGGCUUGUUCGGUAUCUCGGCGUCGUGUAGCCCAACGCGCACACCACAAAUGCUGGAAGUCAUGUGCCGCGAACUCCAAGCCCUGACCCUCGACAAGGGCUUCUCAGCCCUACAAAUGCCUGAAGUCAACCGCGCCAAGAAUCAACUCCGGUCGUCGCUGUUGAUGAAUCUCGAGUCUCGCAUGGUCGAGCUGGAAGAUCUCGGGCGCCAGGUACAAGUCCACGGACGCAAGAUUGGCGUCAAGGAAAUGUGCGAUCGCAUUGACUCCUUGACGAUAAACGAUCUGCGACGUGUCGCGAAACAGGUGUUUGGUGGGCAGGUGUUUAACCCUGGAAAGGGAACUGGAAAGCCGACGGUCGUCAUUCAGGAAGGUGAAUUAGAAGGAUAUACUCCGCGCGCAUUCCCAUGGGACGAGAUUCAAGAUCGGAUUUCAAAGUGGAAGCUUGGUCGGUUGUAG